GAUUUGAUGGUCAUUCAUCGUCCGAGCACAACAGGAACCGGAAUGACCUCAUGGCGGUGGUUUCGGUACGGUCGGAGGCAUCCGUGGCAAACCAUGGAUUUGUACAGCAGUCAUCUAAGCCAGUCACAGCAGAGGAAGAGAGCUGGGCAGGGCCUUGAAGUGCCCUUAUUGAUGGAUCCAAACUGUCAGGCCCCGUCAACUUGAUUGGGGAAAUUAGGGGGGAGGGAGGGAAUACAGUAUGCAGGGCAUGAACUCGCUGUGAACAGGGCGAUGACGUCCUUCUCACAUCAGAGUCCCGGGGGCUGUCAGAACCCUUUCGCGCCCAGCUAUUAUAAACCACCGAUCAAAUGGCACCUCGGCAGUCUUCAAGGUCCAUUCAUGUUCGCGUAGCCUUAGAAUUUUAAUCAACUGCAUCGCUUUGACACGUUUGAAGAUGCAUGAGCACACACGAAAGCACAAGGUGGCCGUGGUCGGCUCCGGUAAUUGGGGAUCCACCAUCUCCAAGAUUGUUGCGGAGAACGCCAGAGAGCAUUCGGACCUUUUCGAGCCAGAAGUGCGCAUGUGGGUGUUUGAGGAGGAAAUCGAAAUCCCUGAAUCCUCCAAGCACCACUCCAAACUAGGCGGCCAGAAGCACAAAUUGACCGAGGUCAUCAACGGAGUCCACGAGAAUGUCAAAUACCUGCCGGAUAUUGCACUCCCUGAAAACGUCGUAGCCGAUCCAGAUCUCAAAUCGGCCGUCAAGGAUGCUACAUUACUCGUCUUCAACCUCCCCCAUCAGUUUAUCGGCAAGACCCUCGAUGGUGUUGUCGGGCACCAUCUACCCUAUGCGCGAGGUAUCUCUUGCAUCAAGGGCGUCGAUGUGUCCGACGGAACCGUGACCCUUCACUCGGAACUUAUCAUGGAACGACUGGGCAUCUACUGCGGCGCCUUGUCCGGCGCCAACAUCGCCCCAGAGGUGGCCGCGGAGAAGUUUUGUGAGACGACCAUUGGUUACGACACCCCUCCAAUGGAUGUGGAGGAGCGUGAUGGGUCGCCGAAGGAAAACUUAAUCAAGAUUGAUGAGCAGCGGCAACAUAAGACUAAACCCACGCAUGUCAAAUUACACCCAGUGCCAAAAGAUCUCCCCCCUGUCGACGCUGAGCUGUGGGAGACUCUGUUUGCCCGCCCAUAUUUCCAUGUUAAUCACGUUCGCGAUGUUGCCGGGGUGGCUCUAGGGGGUGCACUCAAAAACAUUGUAGCUUUAGCAUCGGGGUUUGUUGCAGGAAAGGGCUGGGGAGAAAAUGCCAAGGCUGCAAUUAUGCGUGUCGGCAUCUUGGAGAUGAUCAAGUUUGGUCGGACGUGGUUUCCCAAGUCUGUGGACGAGAGAACCUUUACCGAGGAGAGCGCGGGUCUAGCGGACGUGAUCUCCUCGUGUAGCGGUGGGCGGAACUUCCGGUCAGCUUGUCACGCAGUCGAGCAGGGGGUCAGCGUCAAUGAAAUCGAACAGAAGGAGCUCAACGGUCAGAAACUGCAGGGGACUUCGACAGCCUACGCUGUUUAUGACUUUCUCUCGAAGCACGACCAGUUGAAGGAAUUUCCGUUGUUUGUUGCUGUUCAUGAUAUCCUCGAAGGAAAGUCUACUGUUGAUGACCUCCCAGCACUGCUAGAUGGGAAAAAGAAGAAGAAGAAGAGCGCCUGAGGGUGCGUGAUCACAUUCAAUGGUGCUGGGAAUUAGAUAAUGAGAUAUGACACGUAGCUAGAAUGUUAAAAUUUAGUUAAUUGAUGAGUCACAAGGAUAUACACAUGCAGG